AAAUAUACUAGGUAUUUAUUGCACAAUUAUUAUUUAACUAUUAGAUUUAUCAAUUUUAUAAUCAAUUUUUUUCAGUAUUUUGGUGAAUACCCACUUUUUAUCGUGUAUUACAUGAAACAAUUAAAGUAGGAUUUUAGGAAAUGAAAUUCCUGAAGUUACAACAAUAUCGAAAGUUUUAAUAAAAUAUCCACCUAUUGUACUAAAAUUCUCGUUAUCGACUUGUACUUUUUUUUAGAGUAUUAGUAAUAGAAUCGGUCAGAUCGGUGGGAUUAUUCGCGAAAAUUUAUCAGAUACAUCUUAUUUGCCACAUACAUAGGUACGAUCAUUCACAAUUCGGUUUAGCAUCGUAAAUCAUAAGAUUAACGCAAACACAGCACGAUUCGUCAGUGUACACCCGUAGAAAAAUGUUCUCUCCUUUGUUCAAAUUUCCAAAAUCCUCCUUUUGGAUUUCGGUUUAUUUUUUCCAAAUGAUAACAACCACUUUCUCACAACCAAAUUGUCCACAACGAGAUAGCAUGUUUCCUGUCUACAUCCCUCACGAGGAUUGCAGCAAGUUUUGGCAGUGCUCGAACGGGAUACCCUAUUUAUUCAACUGCAGCGGAAUAUUGCACUUCAAUCCAACAUUAAACGUCUGCGACUGGCCACAAUUCGCCGGUUGCAAAUCUAAAACAGAUCCCUCAUCGUCAACAACUUCUAGUUCGAGCAAACCUCCAAUUUCAACGAUUACCAGUAGUUCAAGUUCUGAGUCCACUACUACUGAAAGUAGUUCAAGUUCAGUAAUUUCAUCUUCCACUAUCCCAUCGACUACAACUGUAAUUACUUCUACUAAUCCUUCAACGAUAAGUUCUAGUACUAGCACAGCUAGUUCUACAAGUAGUUCAAUAACAACCAGUACGGUUACCAGUUCUAGUACCACAUCGACUGAUACACCAGAAACAACAGUAACUGAAAUUUCUGAUACUUCUACUUCCACAACCGAUUCUCCUGAAAGUAGUUCAUCAGCUUUUUCUUCCUCUACUUCUGCGAGUACCGAGCGUACUAGCACUGUUAUCACUACUAGUGAAACGUCCACAAAUUCGGAAGUUGAUACCUCUACUUUAACCGAAAUGACUACAUCAAUCGAAACUGAAAAUUCUACUGAAAGCUCUUCUACCCCGACUGAAUUUGUUUCUACCACUACUGAUACAUACACAGAGGUUACCACGGAGGAAACUACAGAUUCUUCCUCUAUAGAAACCGCAACAACUACUGAAACUUCUCCAGAUAGUAUCAGUACUAGCAGUAUUUUCACAUCAACAUCAUCGACAACAACAGAAGCCAGCGACAUCGACGACAUGAUAUACAUUUGCGAGAACGUUCCAAAUGAUUACUUCUUAACGCCUCACCCGUACAACUGUUCGUUGUACAUAGCCUGUAAUUUCGGCCGCGCGAUAAUAAUGAACUGCCCCGCCGGCCUCGAGUUCAACACUCAGAAACAGAGAUGCUUGCAGCCCGAGGACUCGGACUGCCGGACUCAAGUUCGCUCGUUCAACAAGACCGAGGCCGAGAACAGCGAUUACAUCUGUCGCAUUUACGAGAUCGCCUUCCUGGCCCAUCCGAUGGAUUGCUCCAAGUUCGUCGUGUGCAUUUACGGAAGGGGGCGCGUUCUGCAGUGCCCCGAUCAGAAGUGGUACGACGCGCCGCGGCGCCAGUGCGUCCACCCCUUGGACACCACCUGCAAGAUUAGCCGCAGCAUAUCGAUAUUGAAAUAAUUGUUUGCUGUUACUUUAUAUGAGGAAAUAUAGAAAAUUUCAUUAGAGA